AUGACGGAAGCGCCUUUGAAUUAUGAAGCCUCAGCCGGCGUCACCAAUCUCCAAGUCUCAAGAACCUUACCCUCAGAAGUCGUCCAAUGCUUAGAAAAUGCUAGAUUUUUACAUCUCGCAACAUGCACCUCUCUUCGUCCUCACGUCUCCCUCAUGAACUACACCUAUCUUCCCAGUACACCCUGGUCUCCUCAUCCUACCAUAAUAAUGACGACGAACCCUUCCUCUAAGAAAACCCAAAACCUUCUCGAAAAUCCAAAUGUUUCAUUAUUGGUUCACGAUUGGGUAUCUCAUCGUCCUCCUACUGGGAAUAGAGCUUCGAGUCCUCCGAGGAAUACUGGGGGUAGAAGUAGUUUGGCGGAGAUGUUGAUAGGGUUGAAUACGAGUGCGAUAAGUAGUAUUAGUGCGACGAUUAAUGGGGAAGCGAGGGUGGUGGAAAGGGGAGGAGAAGAGGAAAAAUGGUUGAAGGAAAGACAUUUGGAGAAUUGUGUUUUUCUUGGGGAGGAGGGGGUGAGGGCUGGAGAGGGAGAUGGUGGGAGAGUUUUUGUAGAGGGUGAGGAGGUGAGGGUUGUUAGUGUAAAGGUGGGUGAUGGUAGGGUUAGUGAUUGGAAGGGUGCAGUUAGGGAUUGGGUUUUGAGUGGUGAGGGAGAGGGAGAGGGUCAUAAUGGUGUUGGGAGUGAGACUUUGUUGAAUGGAGUUCAUUAA